UCCAGCUCAGAGGUGCAGCAAGAUGUAGAAGUCAAUUACAUGCAUGAGCUCUUCAGAUGUGGAGAGUGACAUAUUCAGGCUUCCCAUUAUCAUGUCAGCGUGCAGCUCCAGACGCUCAUGGAUGGUUUUGUACCUUGCUCUGCUGGUAACACUGGUGUCCCAGAGCGAAGGAGGUUGUCAGGAUACGGGACUGUGUUGCAUUGGACAAAACCAGUCAUGUAUUACUGAAGACUGGAGGAAAGAUCGCUCCUAUGGGGAAUGUUACUGCGACCAGGCAUGCAAGACCACAUUGGACUGUUGUCACGACUAUGACCUUGCCUGUCCAGCCGUAUCCUGUGUAGUGAGUGAAUGGAGCGUGUGGUCUGGCUGUCUGGAGCCGUGUAAACCCACACUGCGCACCAGGCAGAGACAGGUGAUUCGGGAAGCACGUAAUGGAGGCGAACCCUGUCCCUCUCUAUAUCAGACUGCAGGCUGCGCAGAGUAUCACGACCAGCAUGGCCCCUGCCUGCAGUCACUAGUCCCAGCUCUCAUCACCACAGGUGGAUAUGGAAAUGCAAGGAAAAAGAGGGAGAUUUUGGACAACAGUAUCACAGGUUACUGUGUGGAGUUCAGACUCACGUCCCUGACGGUGGGUUGUCAACACAGUUUCAGUCCACACACUCGCUGGAUGCGGUAUCUGAAAGAGGGACAUCAGGUGUGUGUGGAGUGCCAGCCACCAGCACUGGCCCAGGGCCAACGCUUCUGCUCCGGGGACGGGGAGAACAUGGGACAGGACGGGAGCUUGUCUCUGCAGUGGCAGGCCGUGGGGAAUUCUCGCUGCAGAGGGCUGUGGAGACGGGUCCGUCGACGAGACUCCUGUUCCUGUCCUACUGUACACAGUUUUCUCUUCAUCUAACUUCAGUCAGCCUAAACAGGGUCAUGAAAUUUCACACUUUUAAAGAAGUGACAGUUGAAUGUGCAGAGACUAUAUUGGUAGCUCAAACCAGCUCUAGGCUUGUAUGCCAAAUGAUACAGUUGAUAUCUCAUUACAGUAUGUUAUCAAGAAAAGAUUCAAUAUUAGUCACAGUUAAUUCCACUUAUACAAAAAGACUGAUGCUAAUGGCCAUCAUAUUAAGAUUAAAGGAACAGUUCACCCACAAAUGACAAUUUGCUGAGAAUUCCCUCACCCUCAGGCCACCUAUAAUGUAGAUGGGUUGGUUUCUUCAUCAGAUUUGGAGAAAUUUAGCAUUGCAUCACUUGCUCAUGAAUGUAACC